UCACAGGAGGAGGAAAGUAGGUCAGUGUAUUCCUACUGCCUACCACUGUUCCUAUCCGCAUCAAUGCACAUGUGCUGCCUUUCCACACAUCUGGGUCACUGCUGGAAAGAAACUGAGUGAUAUGUUUUGAGGAUAGCCGGCCUAAUGAAUAUUUGUGGUGAUCUAAUGGCAGACCAAAGAAUGGACAUUUCCUCCACGAUGAACGAGUUCUUGUCUCCCGGCUCCACUGAUCUAAUCAGCUCGAUCAGCACACCCGGCAUGGACUACACACGCAAGAGAAAAAGCAGCACCACAGACUACCAAAUUGAUGACUUUUCUUUUGAGGAUAGCAUGGACACAGACAAUGAUAGACUUGGUGAUCAUCAAGGCCGGAUUAAAAAUGCCAGAGAGGCCCACAGUCAGAUUGAGAAGAGACGCAGGGACAAGAUGAACAGCUUCAUAGACGAGCUGGCCGCACUAGUGCCUACAUGCAACGCUAUGUCCCGUAAACUGGACAAACUAACAGUCCUGCGCAUGGCUGUCCAGCACAUGAAGACCUUAAGAGGUGCUGCUAACCCCUACACUGAAGCUAUCUACAAACCAGCCUUCCUGUCAGACGACGAACUGAAGCACUUAAUACUGAGGGCAUCUGAUGGCUUUCUGUUUGUUGUUGGCUGCGAUCGAGGGAAGAUACUGUUUGUUUCAGAGACGGUCUACAAAAUCCUAAACUUCAGCCAAAAUGACCUGAUUGGCCAGAGCCUAUUUGAUUACCUGCAUCCUAAAGACAUUGCCAAAGUCAAGGAGCAGCUGUCCUCAUCGGACACGGCGCCGCGGGAGCGCCUCAUCGAUUCCAAAACUGGCCUUCCAGUAAAGACAGACAUCACCCCCGGCCCAUCCAGACUUUGCUCUGGAGCCAGGCGAUCCUUCUUCUGCAGGAUGAAGUGCAAUCGGCCCCUCAUCAAAAUGGAGGACAAGGACUUCCCAUCCACCUGCUCCAAGAAGAAAGCUGACCGUAAGAGCUUCUGCACAAUACACAGUACUGGCUACCUGAAGAGCUGGCCGCCUACCAAGAUGGGUCUGGAUGACGACAAUGAACCAGACCAUGAGGGCUGCAACCUCAGUUGUCUGGUGGCCAUUGGACGGCUGCAUCCCCACAUUGUCCCUCAGCCAAUGAACAAUGAGAUCCGUGUCAAGCCCACUGAGUAUGUCUCGCGCCAUGCCAUCGACGGGAAGUUUGUCUUUGUUGAUCAGAGGGCCACUGCCAUUUUGGCUUAUCUACCCCAAGAGUUGCUGGGUACAUCGUUUUAUGAGUACUUUCAUCAAGAUGACAUAGGGCACCUUGCGGAAUGUCAUAGACAAGUGCUCCAGAUGAGGGAGAAGAUCAAUACAAACUGCUACAAGUUCAAAAUAAAAGACGGCUCCUUUAUCACGCUGAGGAGUCGCUGGUUCAGUUUUAUGAACCCUUGGACCAAAGAGGUGGAGUACAUUGUCUCCACCAACACUGUCGUCUGCGGCAGCGUGCCUGAAGGAUCUGAUGGCAUCUAUCCUCAGCUCGCCGCCUCCCCCCAGAGCAUGGAUAGUGUACUCACAGACGGAAACGGGAAGCGGGCCCUGCAGACUGUGCCUGGCAUCCCCGGUGGCACAAGGGCAGGGGCGGGAAAGAUCGGCCGGAUAAUCGCAGAAGAGGUGAUGGAGAUCCAGAGGAUAAGAGGCUCCUCGCCCUCCAGCUGUGGCUCCAGUCCUCAUAACUUCACCAGCACUCCACCCCCAGACAUGUCGUCCCCAGGGGGAAAGAAGAUACAGAACAGUGUAACUCCAGAACAUCCCUCAGCAGGGCUGAUACCGGGACCAGACUCCGUAGGCUAUCCGUACUCCAAUAACUCCAAUCUAAGUGAUAACGCUCACAUUGGCAUUGACAUCAUGGAUGAGCCAGGCUCCAGCAGCCCGAGUAAUGACGAGGCAGCCAUGGCUGUGAUCAUGAGCCUUCUGGAGGCAGACGCAGGGUUGGGAGGCCCAGUGGACUUCAGUGACCUGCCCUGGCCACUGUGAGGACUGUCAGGCUAAGGCAAGGCCUCCUAAAUGAGCUGAACAUGGUAGAGUAAGGGCUGGGUGUUACAGUAUUCACAUUGUCAGUUUGUGACCAGUACCAGAGAGCCAUAUCAACAGGGCUAAUGUGACUGUAGCCUCACAGUAAGACUGAAUGCAGGCGGGCCCUGAAAAGGAAGGAAUACUAGGCCUGGGAUCGGCCAUGAUGUACAGUCCACCUCAGUGCGGUUGGGGAAAAGUGAAACUGCCUCAUUACUCAUGUAGUAUUAUUGUACCAGUUAUCCGGGUUUUUCUAUGUCCAUUCAUCCUCAGGCAUUGAACCCAGCUCUUUUAUAAUGGCAUUCGUUUUUGUGUGUUUUUACACUUCAAAAAACAUGUUAAUAUUUCUAAAGAAAAUUGUAUCAUACAUGUUUAUUCUAAUUCUCUAAAUAUAUAUAUAUAUGUAAAAGUGUAUUGUCAGCAGUGAAUUAUUUUUUAAACUUCCUCUAUUGCUUAUUUCCAUUUUCUAAAAUAUGAAACAGGGUGGUCUGUAUUAAGUUACCCUCCAGUGGCAUAACACUGCUAAAUCAACUGUAGGGAUUUUUCAUUGUUGCUACAAUGUGGAAAUCCAAGGUACUUUGCUACAAUAUGUUGAAUGUGGAAACACAGUGAGUAAUCCGUUCGCUUGCCAACAAUAGAUGAAAUGACAAAAUCACAGACACACAGGAUGUGCUUUACUACUGACCCCUGGGAAAUGUUGUUGUUCCCUAGCAACAGGCAGACUAUCCAAAUGACCCAUAAAAGGAAAACUUUCCUCCUGAUCUGAAAUCAGGUCAACUCAAACCACAAUUGCAGGCUAGGUAUUGCACAUGUAUUAGUCUACUUUUUGAACGUUCAGUUUGAAAGUGUAGGGGCUCUAUUCAAAUCUGUAUCGCUGAAGCGUUACAGAUUGCGCAAUAGAAAUGUAAAGGAGAUUUCUAAUUGAUGCAGCGUUCACCAGUCUCCACUAAUGCAGCAACAUUGCCUCUAAAUUUCAAUCAUGCUGUAAAGCUGAACUUUCACAAUACAGAUUGAAUAGAGCCCUAGGUUAGGAGGUCAAGUCACAGAAAUGAUUAACAAAUGGUUUAAAAAUAUCCUAUUACACACACUCUACGUCAGGGAUCAUCAACUAGACUCCGCCUCGGGCAGAUGUUAUUGUGAGUGGAUGGUCGGGGGGCCAGAACAUAAUUACAAAUCAUUUGUAGACUGCAAUUUGACUGCAAGAAUCCUAAACAGAUAAUAGUUGACAAGAACAUUUCAAACCCUGCUUAAAUUUGUAUACGAUCACGUGUCUCAUGUGUGAGAAUACUUGGGAACAGAUUUCCAAAAUUAAAAUAACUGGUGUUUCCUGCUAAAUGAUUUUUGCUCAGAAAAUGUGGGGGGCCAAAUAAAACCAUCAGCUCUACAUAGAGGGAUAAGGUGAAAGUAACCUCUUUCAACUCAAGUGCUAUUAAUGGAUAAUAAGCAUAAUGAUAAGAAUAAAAACACAAUACAAUGUGA